AUGUUAAAUGACCCAUUGAACGAUCAAAACCAGUUAGAUGCAGCGUGGUGUAUUACAAAUAUAGCAAGUUGUGAACAUGAGCAUACAGAAUCAAUAUCAAUGGCAACACCACUAUUAAUUAAUCAUCUAUCAACAAGAAAUAGUACAUUACAAGAUCAAUGUGCAUGGGCACUGGGUAAUAUUGCAUUGGAUUCAGUGGAGCAAAGAGAUGUCUUAUUACACCAAGGUAUACUACCUCCAAUGAUCGAGAUGCUGUCAUCUAAAAUCCCGUCACUUACAAUUACAACAUGCUUUACACUUUCGUCAAUACUAUCAGAAAAUUUAGCAAAAAAACAAAGUUAUUUAGAUUUAUUCAAAGAUAAUAAAAUAUUUGAGCUAUUAAAUGAGCAAAUUUUAUUUAGAAAGCUAAGAAUAGAUAAAACCAAUAACAACUAUCAAAUUGAAGUUUUAAACUAUUUACUAUGGUUAUUAAAUGAUAUUUUAUUUCAAUUCGAUAAUUUUAAUCAACAAUACCCAACCGAAUAUAUAAUAAAUGAAACAAAAUUAACAAGCAAUACCCUAUCAAUAUUUUUAAUAAUAAUAGAGUUAUUUACAAAUAUAUUUAAUAGUAGUAAUAGUAGUUUAUCAUUAUUAGUUGUACCAUGUAUUAGAAUUUUUGGCUUGGUUGUAGUUAAACCUACAAUAUUUAUACCAAUUUUAAGAGAACUCCAAAAAUCAAAUAAACUAGAAUCACUAAUAGCAUCAAUAAUUUAUAGCUCUGUGGAUAAUAAAAAUAGACUUGAUAAUGUGGCAUAUAGUAUUGAUAAACUAUACAAACAAUAUGGACCCAUAUAUAGACUUAGAUUAGGAAAUGUAGAAACUGUUGUAUUAACUGGAAAUGAAAUGUUGGAAGAAUGUUUUUUAAAAAAAAAGAAGGAAUUUCAUGAAAGAUUUGUUCGAACUAGUAGAAAACAAAACAAUGGUUUAGAUAUCAUUCACACAAACGGGGAUUAUUGGCACACUUUAAAGAAUGUGGUUUUAACAGAAAUGACAACUAGAAAGAUAAAAAGCUAUCAGCCUGAAAUUCAAUAUCAGGUGGAAAAUAUGAUAUCCCAAAUUUAUAAAGAUGAUGAUUCAAUUGUUACAAAUAUAACAUUUUCAAUUAAAGAAAUGCUUUUAAACAUAAUGCUCAAGCUAGUUUUUGGUACUCAUGAAAAUUUAGAAACAAAAAGCCAACUUAUUGAAUCAAUCACACGAUUUUUCCAAUCUUCAGGUCAGUUUAUAUACUCAGAUUAUGUACCAUUUUUAUUACCAAUAGAUAUAAUCAAUCUAACCAGAAACAGCCUAUUCAAAGAUUUUAAAGUUUUAACAGACUACUCUAAAAGCAUAAUUGAUGAUUAUGAAAAGAACUAUGAUGAAUAUAACAAUUUAAGCAAAACAAAUGCAGAUGAAAGUGAGCAAAGGAAGAAAUCAAUGAUGGAAUGCUAUUUUGAAAAAUAUAAAGAGGGUGAAAUUAAAUAUGAAAGUGUAAUUAACUCAUCAACCAAUUUAAUUUUAGCAGGUACUGAUAGUAGUUCAAAUACAUUGUCAUUCUUAAUAGCAGCACUUAUUAACAAUCCAGAAAUUCAAGAAAAAAUCUAUAGUGAAAUUACACACAAUUUAAAAGGUGACGAUAUAUCAACAUCAGAUCAUUUAAAGUGUCCAUUCACCGUUGCAGCUAUUAAAGAGGCCCAUAGAUUAUUUUCUGUAGCACCUUUAUCAGAACCACACCAAACAUCAGAAGAUGUAGAAAUAAUGGGUUAUAAAAUAUCCAAAGGAACACAAAUCAUUCAAAAUCUAUAUUCCACUCACAGAUCUGAUGAAUAUUGGGAAAAUGCUUUAAAAUUUAUACCAGAAAGAUUUUUAAACCCAAAAGAAAAACCAUCAUACCACUUUUCACUUGGAUUACGUCAAUGUUUGGGAAAAUCAUUUGCUGACUAUGUAUUAUUUACCACCACCGUUACUCUUAUUAGAAACUAUAAAUUUUGCAAUCCAAACCCAUCAGUUCCAAUUAGUGAAGAGGGAACUUUUGGACUUGUAUUAAAUUGUCCUGAAUACUCUGUUCAAUUAAAAAAACGUAUUUAA